GCAGCCUUAGUAGAAUUUGAGGUGCCAAUAACUGAGGCUCCACCAGCAUAUGAUAUAGAAGAAGUUCCAUUUGAAGAAGAAUUAACAUCUUCACCUACCUAUUCAGUGCCAUAUAUUGAUCCUCCAGACUACGGUGAUAUAAUAAAUAACGCUGGAGAAGCCUCUCAAAUAGAGGAAUCUAGGCUGGAAGCGGGCUUUGAAGAGCCAAAUUAUAGUAUUCCGAGGUAUGAUGAAAUAGAAAAUGAUGGCUACCGGCCCCAUACCAGGUACAAAUUAUAUGAGGCCGAUAGCAAGCGAAAUGUGAGGAAAGUUUUGAGUAAGAGGCAAAUUUUGAGUGAACUUAAUGGGGAGAUAAUGAUAAGAGACCGUAGAACUGGAAAUAAAGGUCUCGUUAGUAGAAGUAUGUUUGUCUGGGAAUGCUAUAUAUUAUGGCCUGAGAUUACGGUAUUCAAUCCAUGGUGAAUUUAUAUUUCUAGAUAAGAAUAUAUAUAAUUGUGAUUUUAUGAAUUUGGAUAUUGAGGCGGGGAUAUGUUAG